CGAUAGUAGAACGCAUAUUAUAAAUGCUGCUGAUAGUGGAAGAAAAUAAGCAUACUAGCAGCCAUCAUCCACCAAAGUCCUGCCCAGCGCCGCGUAUCUGUCCCGUCUGAUGUUCAAUGGCGGACAGCGAUCACCACAACGAUAGCGAUGGGUUGAGUCUGUUCGAUAUCGUCUGGGAGGAUGUGCUGUACGUGAAGUUGUUUCCGCUGCUCUCGUUAAAGGAUCUGUUUAGCUUACGGUGCUGUUCGCGGCUGGCCAAAACCUUCGUCGACAAUGGUUUGCGCCGGCUGCGGGAGAUCAAUUUGUCUGGGAACAACUCGCCCCAGCUGGAGCUGGCGUUCGCAGUGCUGGCCGAAAAUUGUCGUAAUGUGCGUGUGAUUAAUGUGGCGCGCUGUAACUGGCUGCAGGACAGUGUACUGUGUCCGCUGCUCAAGUUUAAUCAUAAGCUGACAAAAAUCAAUCUAAGCGACUGUCUGAACAUAACGCCCCGUUCGAUGCAACCAAUCAUUAUCGGCUGUAAGCAGCUUACCACGCUGAAGCUGUCCCAUUGCCACUGGCUGACGAUUGGGGCGAUGGAAGCGCUAACGCUGCACCACACCAAAAUCCAGGAACUGGACAUUUCCCACUGUGCAGCGUUGAACGAACGGUGCAUUACGGUGUUUCUGCUUAACUGUCGGAUGCUGCAAACAUUGUCGCUGUCGAAUGUUCCCGCGGUAACGGACAAUUUACUGUUGGCCAUUGCGAAGCAUUCGAAGUUUAUCAAAAACCUUAAUCUGGUCGGUUGCUACCUGAUAACCGAUCGAGGAGUGUUGGCUAUUUCUAUCUGCUGUAAGGAACUGGAGUCGCUGAUGGUGCGCGAAUGUCCGCAAGUAACGGAGCACAGUCUGGCGCUGCUGCGAGGGCGCGUAUUCAUCGAUCGACCGUGCGUUUACCAGGCGGAUAUGAAUAUGGUUCCAAACAUGGGCUUUCCACGGUUGUUUCUACAGGUGUAGCUAGGCUUCGCUCACCGCCAUAAUACUGGGAUAAUAAUAAUUUACAUGGAAAAGGGUGUGAUAGUUAUCAUAAUAUAGUUAACAAACGUGACAUGUAUACAUACAUAUAUAGAAAUUGCACGCAGCUCGCAUUGUACAUAUAUAG